AGACGGGUGACGUGAGCCGGAACUAUAUGUCCCGGGGACAAUCGUGAACUUAGGUAUAUUCGCCGAGUACUUAUUCUAUCUGGGAAGUAAACGAACGAAUUGAAACAAGUUCCUUCAGAAGCACUUACAUAAACCACGAAUUGGCAUCCUUUCUCUCCGAUUGGUAGAGUGCUCAGUAAACGCAUCGUGUUGCAAGCUUCAAAGCCACCGUUGUUACCGUCAUCUUGAGACGCGCUUGGGAAUUCACCUGUCAUUGCUCAUAAACCCACACAGAAGAGAGAAUACACUGACGGUGACAAACAAACCAUGUCGUAUCUAUCCGCAGCCCUCGAUUCGUCAUGGCAAUCGACAGCUGGUUUCUCGGCGCUGCUGGGCCUGCUGUUGCACCAAACCAUCCGACACCUCGAAAUCGACAACCGGGGAUGGGAACUGGUGUUUACGUACCUAGGAGUGCUUGCAUCACUCUUCGUCAACUACGUGACAUUUUCCAGUUUAGGUGUUACGAGCGCCUUGUUGCGCACUUGGUUGGCAGGUUCGGCCUUCCUCCUUGGGCUAUACAGCAGCAUGCUGGUAUACCGCGCCUUUUUUCACCAAUUACGCCGGUUCCCGGGUCCGUUCGCUGCCAGACUCUCGAAUGCAUACCACAUGAUCAUCAUCAAACGAACAAACAUGCGGUACCACCGACACGUCCAGAAGCUUCAUGCCUGCUAUGGCGACUUUGUUCGUACCGGGCCGCGCGAGAUCUCCGUGAUCCGCGCGUCGGCCAUCAAUCUGGUUUAUGGCCCGAUGUCGACGUGCGAGAAGGCGACAUGGUACGAUCAGAACUCAGGCGAUGCUGACAAGGUUGGCAUCGAGAACAUUCGGAGCAAAGAGAAGCAUAGACUUAGACGCCGAGCCUGGGACAAAGGGCUUGGCUUUCGAGCUCUGAGCGUCUAUGAGAGUCGUGUCAAGGCCAAGGUAGAUUUGUUACUGGCGCGCAUCGGGACUAUGGAACCCCUCAAUAUAACUCAGCAGAGUGUCUUUUAUUCGUUCGAUGUUAUGGGGGAUAUUGCUUUCUCCGAGGACUUCAAAAUGCUCCACACUGGCGAGGAACAUCCCGCCAUUGCCAGUCUGCACGAAGCCAUGUCCAUAGCAGGACUUGUCACCACCCUACCAUGGCUCAUGAAUAUGCUACGCGUAGUUCCGGGCGCCACGGGUAAAUUUGAGCGCUUCGCCGGGUGGUGCUACGAGCAGCUGCGCCUGAAACGAGAGUCCCUAGCAGCAGAACGUGCGGCAAACAGCAAACAGGAACCGCGCGAUGUGAUGACCUGGCUAAUCAAAGCCAUGGAUGAGGGUGACCGAUCGGCUCCUCCGACCGAAUCGGCUAUCCAAGAGGAUGUACGAACCUUGAUCAGUGCUGGCAGCGAUACUGUUGCCAUCACGUUCACAAACACUUUAUACUUUCUCGUCAAAUACCCAGCCGUCUACCAAAAGCUCCAGCGCCUCAUGGCAGCCGAAUUCCCCAGCGGAUACGGCGCCUGGACCUACGAAAAAGCCAAGAGCAUUCCGUACGUAGACUACAUAAUCCACGAGACGCUGCGUCUCCGACCCGCAGUCCCAAUGGGCUUCCUGCGGCAGACGCCCCCACAAGGACUGCAGGUGGAUGAAGUCUUCAUCCCGGGAGACACCAUCAUCAACGUGCCGACGUACACCAUCCACAGGGAUGAGCGGUAUUUCGAAGAGGCGACGGAAUUCGUGCCCGAGCGAUGGGAGACGUUGUCGCCAGAUACGGCGGCUUACUUAGCUUUUCAGCGGGGCCCGUUCAUGUGCUCGGGUAGGAAUUUGGCGAUUAUGCAACUGCGCAUGCUGAUUAGCUGUCUUGCUCUUCGUUAUAGCAUUGCUUUCGCGCCCGGGGAGGAUGGUGUGGCCUUUGCGGAUGGGGAGAAGGAGACCCUGACUAUGUGGAUUCCGCCGCUGCAGAUGGUUUUCACGCCUUUGUAGCUGCUGAUAUGUGUGUAUAGCACGGUGUGGGUGGGUGAGUUGGUGGCCUUUGAAACAUGGAGUAGCUAUCAUUCACGAGGAACUAGCGUAUAGCUGGGACAGGUGGAGGAUUUCCAAAGGUAAGAAUACAUCUUGUAGUAGGUAUCGUGGUAACUACUGCAGCAUAAGAGAAGCGCAUGCUAAACAAC